UGUUCGGUGUCAUUUCAACCCGAGGCAGCGAAGGUCAAUAUUGUCCAUUUCCACUGGACGACAUCAGCCUCGUCAACAACGGUAGAUGUCUCGCAGCAUCUGAGCCAGAAAUACGCAGAAUGCGCUGGCUUGGGUUCUUAUCCGUGUUGCCACUCAUCGUCAAAACCACCAGUGCAGUCUUCGCCGACGAUGCUUUCCACAUAGACUAUUCCCAUGCCCUCCUAGGCGAACCGCGGUUUCACACAACUUCCUUCCAUCGGCCGCACACCUCCACAAAUGCCUCUCUCCUCUACACGCUCUCAGACAAGGCUGUUCUAGGCGCAGUGAACCCAAGAGAUGGCUCUCUACUGUGGCGACAACCGCUUGCAGGUCAGCCAAUUGAGAAUGACACGAAUUCCUUCUUAGUCACAUUGCAAAGAGAUGGACAUUUAGUGAGCGGGCACAACAGAACCGUGGCUUGCUGGGAUGCUCUCGACGGGAGAUUAGUAUGGGAAUACACCCUUCCUGAAGGAGCCUCCAUCCAUGGCCUACAAGCUGCGCCUGCCCUCGAAUUAAGCUCGAACACUGGUCACCAAGACGUCUUGGUUCUGACACUGCCUACGACCUCUGGUAGUCCAGCAACCAUUCUUCGCAUAGGUGGUGAUGGAAGUGGGCUGAAAUGGGAACAUGUCGACUCCAGCCAUACUGAUGGCUCAGUCGCGUCAAUCGCAACAUCGCUGAACCACCUAUACUACCUAGCGAGAUCGCACGGCUUGCUGGCCAGCAGCAAGGUCAAAGUCGUCACGUUGGACAGCGCAACUGGACAUGAAAUUGAACACACUAGUGUCGCGCUUGACUCGGACCACUAUAAUGCAGGAUCAGGCUCGAACUGCCCGUUUCUGCUCUCAAGCGAGAAGCCCUUCAUGUCGGUCAAGUUCAACCUUCUCGGCAGCUCAAAGGUGGCCUCACUCCCGCUAGAUGACAAGGGUGACGGCAUUGAGCGAGUCACCGUACAUACUCCGGAAUCUCCUGCUGCGGCACCCCAUUUCCUCCUACACAUUCAAGGCAAAACACGACAAUGGGCUGAGGUUUAUCAUGUGGACGUCAAGUCGGGCGAAGCUACAAAAGCCUACUCUUUGCCAGCCACCGAAGAGAAAAGUGCCUUUGCCGCCAGUAGUAACGGUGCUUCUGUGUAUUUCACCCGCAUCACAGAAACAGAAAUCUUCCUCUACUCCUCGGAAUCCCAUGGACAGCUUGGGCGUUGGCGGCGGACAAGCACCAAAGGUCAUCCUCUGCACGCCACCGCUGAGGUGGUGAGCAGAGGAAAGGCUACAUUUGCUGUGCGGAUCGCCGAGCUCUCAUCGACUGGAGCGUGGUCUCUGAUCCGAAAUGGCGAAGUACAAUGGACCAGGCCUGAGGUUCUUGCAUAUGCCACCAUUGCGGCAUGGGGAGGCAACGGAGGAUCUGAUCCUCUGGCCGAGGAGCUCGAUCUCGAACUCUCUGUGAAUCCGUUGACAGCCUACGUGCACAGACUGAAGCGACAUCUUCUCGACCUUCAGCAUCUGCCUGUGUACUUGCUAGAACUGCCGACGGCAAUACUGAAAGAAACUCCGGAUGCAGACGCAAUCGCCCGGAAGGAUCUCGUCGGCAGUCAGACUGUCAUUGUGGGUACAACUCGCAAAGAGUUGAUCGCGCUUGAUGUGACGAACGGUGGAGUCAUUAUCUGGCAGAAGGAUCUUGCGUCCGAAAUCCCUGGCAGCGUCCAAAUGAAAUCGAUAACGGUCACUGAUGGGAGGGCGACUAUUUAUCUGUCCGACGGCUCCCUCUUGGUCCUUAGUACAAGCACUGGCAGUCUGAUCGAACAUCAACCCGGCAGUAUUCCUGUCUCUGACCUGGUGCAAAUCCCUGGCAGCCCUGCACAAGCGAUCAUCAAGAUCGAUUCUGACGGCACUCCACACCCUGCGAACGACUUUGCUCCCAGUAAUCCGCUGGAGGGCAAUGUCGUUGUCACUGUCGGCGACGACGGACAGGCCAUUGGGUGGACCAUCGGGCACUCCGUCGAGAAAACUUGGGUUCUGAAGCCACAAAGCGGAUUCAAGGUUACCGGUAUCGUGGCCCGACCAGAGCAUGAUCCGGUUGCUUCGAUUGGCAGAGUGCUCGGGGACAGAUCGGUGCUUUACAAAUAUCUCUCACCAAACAUCGCCCUUUUGAUUGCCCAAUCGAAUGCAGACUUGCUCCUAUACCUUGUCGAUGCCGUGACAGGCGCCAUUCUGCACACCUCCGAGCACCAUGGCAUCUUGUCAGGAUCGCCUAUUCCUGCUGUCCUGUCAGAAAACUGGUUUGCAUACUCUUUCACGAGUCAAGACCCAGUCAGCUCCGCAUUGUCCACGCAAAUUGUGGUCUCGGAGCUCUUUGAAUCAUCAAUGCCAAACGAUCGAGGAGCAUUGGCCUCCCAAUCCAACUAUUCAUCAUUCUCGCCCGACGCGCGCACGAAUCCUCACGUCAUCUCUCAGGCAUUCACCGUUCCCGAACCCAUCUCACACCUCGCAGUCUCACAAACCGCGCAAGGCAUCACGAGUAGACAAUUGCUCGCAACAUUGCCGAAUUCCAACGCUAUCGUUGGCAUUCCUCGAGAGAUCUUGGACGCGCGAAGACCGGUUGAUCGUGACCCGACGGCCAACGAGCGAGAAGAAGGCUUGAUGCGUUAUUCUCCUCUGCUUGACCUGGAUCCCAAAUGGUUCUUGACACAUUCUAGAGAAGUGUUAGGGAUCAAGAAUGUCAUGUCGGCACCUUCUUUGCUUGAAAGCACAAGUCUGGUGUUCGCUCUCGGACACGAUGUAUUUGGGACGCAAAUCACGCCCAGCCAGGCUUUUGAUGUGCUUGGGAAGGGAUUCAAUAAGGUUUCAUUGAUGCUUACGGUUGUGGCUCUUGCGGCGGGUGUGAUGGCGCUUAGACCGCUGGUGAGGACGAAGACUGUCGAGGGGAGGUGGAAGCAGUGAGCAUGAUGUGCUGGAUCUGCAAAGGGAUGAUAAAAUGGUAUUGAUGAGCGCUUACAGUGAUUCCACCAGAGUCAGUGGGAAAUGUAACAUAGAAAGGUAGAAGGUCAAAUUGCCAAUCCAAAUCGAGAUUGUCUUCGUGAAA